AUCUGUAGGAGUCGCAUCCCUGCCUCUUCCUUUAAGUUCCAGUUUAAGAAUGUGGAAUACAGUUCUGGGCGAAACAAAACUCUCCUGUGCUACACUGUGGAACGAGGAGAAGGUCAGAUCUUCCGUGGGUACUUAGAGGAUGAACAUGUCUCUGCCCAUGCAGAGGAUGCAUUCUUCACCAAUGUCCUGCCACAAUAUCUCUCCUCCAAUCCAGUUGCCGUAACCUGUUAUGUGUCAUCCAGCCCCUGUGUCGACUGUGCUGCCUGCAUCGCUCGGUGCCUGCGACGGUACAAAACAGUGAAACUUCAGUUGGUUGUAGCACGGCUCUUCCAGUGGGAAGAAUCAGAGAUCCGUGGGGCACUGCGAGGCAUAAGCUCUGCAGGCUGUAAGCUUCGGAUGAUGAAAAGUGCCGACUACUUGCAAGUAUGGCAAAAUUUUGUGGAGCCUGACAUCAGCGAGCAAGGAGACUUUAUACCUUGGGAGGAUUUAGAGGAAAAUGCCAAAUAUUACGAAGAAAAGCUUGCAGAAAUUUUGAGAUAA